AUGCGUCUUAACGCGUCUCUGGGCGUGCUCUCGGGCAUAGCCUGGACAACAUCCGGUGCUGUUGUCCCUCGCAACCUCGAUUACGAUAUCGACACAACUUGCACGAGCACCGAGACAGACCAAGGCACUGUCUUCGUCACUGUCCCCGGCGGCAACUCUCCGACUGCUGCUGCCCCAGCUGGUUCGGUCUUCACUCUCACGGUUCCUGUUGGCGGUUCUGAUCCUGGUGCCGGGUCUCCCGGGUCAUUCGGUUCACCUUCUGGUUCUGGCAACAAUGGUCUUCUUUCUUCCACCUGCACCACUGAGUCUUCCCCCUUCGGUUCUCCCUUUGGCUCUGCUGGUACCCUUGAACCUGUCACCAUCACCAUCACAGCUCUCUCUACUCCCAUGAGCACGGUCACCAUCCCAGUAUCGACCAUCACCAUCAACACACCUGGCGCUGGUUCUGGUGCUGGCAAUGACGGCAACGGUGCCUCCCCUGGUUCAAUUGUCACAGUCACUGCUCUCCAAGCAUCUCCCAGCGCAGCUUCUCCAGGGUCUGGUUCCGGCAUCACGAUCACCAUUCCCGGCGGCUCGGGCUCCGGUUCCUCACCAGCAGGAGUCACUGUGACUGUCCCUCAGAUAUCUGGGCAGGCCGGUGAAGUCGUCACUCUCACAAUACCAGAAGGCCCCAACCAGUCAGCCACUGUUGUGCUCACUGUCACCAUUCCUGACGUUGCAGACAGUCCUGGGUCAUGGUCUACCAUCGUCUCAGCUCCUGGCCUGAAUGGCGCGACAUCUGGUCCGCUUGUCACUGUCAUUGGCGGUACAUCGGCUGGUCCACAAGUGCCAACCAACUUGCCAGUGCCUGGAGGUCUCCUUUCCUCGACAUGCUCCGAUGCGCUCACACCUGGGGCUGGCGGCUCCGGCAACCCUGGUUCCGGCAAUACCCUCACCGUUCCUUUGCCUCAGCUCACCACGAUUCAGGGAGGCAAGGAGUCCUACCCACCAUUCUUCGGCGGUCUGAAUCCUCUGACAAUCACUUACACGAUUCCUGCCGAGCCUGGCAUGCCCACUCCUCUGGUCGAGACUCUCACUGUGACACCCAACCUCCCCUACCCACCUGGCGACCCGGGCUCCUCAUAUGGACCGACUGAUCUGACUAUCCCACUUGGUCCUUUUGGCGUUCACAGCACUGUCUCCGCUGGGGAUUCAUCAGGUCUCACAUUGGUCACAUACACCGUCCCUGCUGAUGGCAACUCGCCCGGCUACACCGGCGUCUUCACUUUGACACCUGAUGCCGGCUCGUCUCCCGGCCAAGGCGGUCAGAAUGGCGGUUCGCCCGUCACUGUCACUGUUCCCGAGGCCACUCAGCCCGGUCAGAAUGGCGGAUCGUCAGGCGAAAAUGGCUACCCUCCUUAUGGCGGCUCUGCUGCGCCUGCGGGUAAUGGAUCACCCGACACUAUCACUUUGACUGUUCCCCAAGCUGGCGCUCCCACUCAGUCUUUUCCUGGCCAAGGUUCUGGUCAGUCUGGCUUCGGCUCCGGCAACCAAGCUCCCACAGUCACGCUUACGGCUCCUGCCAGCAGCACUCCGGGUUCAGGCUCGGGUGGCCAAGGCAGCGGUCCUGGUUAUGGCAACGGCCAGUCGACUUGCUUGACGCUGACAAUUCCUGGAGCAAACUCUGAUGGUCAGUCUAGCCUUUUGACUGUCACUGUUCCCGCUGGUUCUGGUUUCCCCGUAGGCGGUGUUCCUUCUGCUCCUUACAAUGGCCCCUCGGAUCCGGUCACCGUCACAGCUUUCCCCUUUCCAGGCGCCUCUGGUCUCCCUGGCAGCAGCUCGUCUGGCUCAGGCGACGAGGGCCAGUCAUCCUGCCUGACUCUUACGCUUACUGGAGCCAACGGCCAGCCGAGUCUUGCCACUGUCACCGUUCCAGUUGCCUCAGCGUUCCCUAAUGGUGGUGCUCCAUCGGCACCCUAUAAUGGCCCUUCAGGUCCGGUUACCGUCACAGUUCCACCGACUCCCGGAAGCGGCUCCUCUGGUUCAGGCGAUGAUGAUCAGUCGACUUGCUUGACCCUCACACUUACCGGAGCUAAUGGCCAGCCCAGCCUUGUCACUUUCACGGUUCCCGUUUCAGACUAUCCUUCUGGCGCUUUCCCUUCUGCUGCCAACACCAAUGGCCCGCCCGGUGUCGUCACUGUUGUCGUUCCCGAGACCACCGAUUCCAGCGGUUCCUUCCCCGGAAGCGGCUCGUACGGCUCGGGUGGCAAUGGCCCAUCAGGUGUCUUGACCGUCACUGUUCCUGACAACUCCGGUUCCGGGUCUGGUCCGUCUGCAAGCGAUCCUUACGGCUAUGGCGGCGGUAGUGAUCAACCUGGCGUGAUUACCGUCACGGAACCUGCUGGUUCUCCAUCUGCUCCCUCUGGGUCUCCCGUCGUUGUCACUUACACCGUUCCUGCUGGACCAAGCGAAACCGAGUCUUCCUAUGCCGUUACUUACACGCUUCAGCCAUCAUCGGGAUCUGGCUCAUCACCUUCGGUCAGCGGUGGUCCUGCAGGGUAUGGAAGUGGUGGUAGCAACCCAUUCGGACCUGGUUCCAACCCCACUGGUUCCUCUGGUGGGCUUUCUCCCAUCACGAUCACCCUCGGGCCGUCUGAUGGGUUCGCUACACCCGUAGUUGUCACAUACACUCCUGAUGUGACGGGACAACCGUCUAGUCCUUCGCCCACACCUUCCGAGAUUGUCAUUUCAGAGUCGGGAACUCUCUUUACCAUCACGCUUCCUGGAUCUGGGUCCUUGCCUUUCACAACCUCGCCUGCCUCAUCGGAGAUUGUCAUUUCUGAGUUUGGGACUUUGUUCACCAUCACCGUUCCUGCAACUGCUCCGGCCGCUCAGCCCACUGUUGCCAGCGGUUCUGCCAAUGUUCCCGGAUACGGCUCUGGUGCCGGGUCUGGUGCUGGUUCUCUUCCCAGUGGCCUCACGGUCUUCACCAUCACUCCCACUUCUGGUUCACCGUAUGUUGUCACCAUUCCUGUUGGCGGCGGCUCCGGCUCCAGCCCUUCCAAUAUCUUGACUGUCACUGAGGGUCCGUCCCCCAUUGGCUAUGGAACAGGGUCUGGAUCUGGAAGCUCCCCUAACAAUGGCGAGUUCACUAUCACCAUUGACGGCACACCGGUCGUUGUGCCUCUUCCUCAGAGCAACCCAGGCGGCAACCCCGCCACUGGCUCCGGCCUCGUGACUGUCACCGAGGGAGGCAAUGGCUUGGCCACUCCUGCAGCUGGCACAGUGUUUACUCUCACGCUCUCUGGUACACCUGUCGCCGUCACCGUUCCUGCCAGCGGCAACACGGCUCCUGUCAGUCAGGGAGGCAUCCUGACUGUGACUGAGGGAUUGCCUUCUGGCUCACCAUCCAUCGUCACCGUUCCGGCCGGUGCUGGAGGCAUCACGGCCCAGCCUUCUGCGACUCCAUAUGGCGGCUCUUUUCCCGGUGGAGAAGUCAUCACUGUGAUUGGACCUGAUGGACAUCCUACUGUUCUCACGAUUCCUGGUGGCGGCAACCCAGCAGCCACUCAAAAUGGCCCAUCCAAUGUCUUGACCAUCACUGAGGGUGGUGCUGCUCCAACCGGAGGUGUCCAACCUGGUGGGAAUGGUGUCGGCACUGCAUUCACCGUCACUUUGUCGUCGCCUGGCAAUGGGCAAGGUAGUGGACCCCAAGGCUCCGGACAGGGCAACGGUCCUCAGGGUUAUGGCUCACCCAACUCCGGUCUUGGUCCUGUCUUGACUAUCACUGAAUUGCCUUCCGGGGCUGCCGGUGGUCUACAACCCGGUGCAACUGGCUUUGCCACUGCCUUCACCUUCACCAUUCCAUCGGGCUCUGGCAACGGACCCUCUGGUUCGAACAAUGGCCCCUCUGGUUCGGACAAUGGUUCCUUCGGUUCUGGCAAUGGCCCUCAAGGCUACGGUUCACCUAACGCUGGUGCCAGUUCCAUUUUCACCAUUACUCAGGAAGGAGUUGGCGCGGCUCAAUCUAAUGGUCCUAUCUUGACCGUGUCGGAGGUUGUCCUAUCGGAAACCAUUCCUAUUGGCUCUGGUCUUUACUCGGUCGUUGCAUUUACCACCACUCUCGGCUCUGGUUCUGGCUCUGGUCCUGGCUCUGGCCCAAGCAUUGUCACCAUCGAUCCCAACGGUUCCGGUAACGGUCUCAAUUCUCCCUCUACAAUUGGCGGUGGUGCUUUUGCGACCACUUUGACUUUGGCACAGCCCUCCGCUGUGAUUGCGACGGCACCUGCUCAGGGUCCUCAAGUCGUCACUGUUCUGCCUUCGAUCUUCACUGUCUGGCCUCAGAACACACUGGUCACCACCACCUCGUGUACCACCAGCAAUGGCGGCGCCUUCUUUGACCCCGGUCAGAACGGCGGCUUUGGUCCCUCUGUUGUUACCAUGUGGCCGACGUACUCCAUUGACACCACUUGUACCAAGUCUUCGACCAGCUAUAUCUCCGCCAGCGCUGUUGCACCAGCCUCGUCCUCCGAGUCAUCCACUGUCUUGAUGUUAAGCAGCUCAACCUUGGCUGUCAUUAGCUCGGCGCCUUCUUUACCAUCACCGAGUGACUCAUCUACUGUCCUGAUGCUGAGCAGUUCCACCCUUGCUGUGAUCAGUUCGGAGCCCACGACUCCCUCCGCCGUUGCUCCGGAGCCCGUCAGCACUGCAUCCGGUGAACAGGCCAUCCCGACAUUGACAGCUGAGCCUCCCAGCUCUUCUAACGAGGGCCAAGCCAUUCCCACUCUGACUGCCGAGCCUGCUGAACCUACCAGCGCUGCCGGUGGUGGCCAGCCUAUCGAGCCUACUGAACCUACCGAACCUACCAGCACUGCCGGCGGUGGCCAGCCUAUCGAGCCUACCGACUCAUCCGGCGGUGGCCAGAGCAUUCCAGUUGUGACUCCCGAGCCCUCCACUUCGUCAGAUGAGCAGGCGAUUCCCACAUUGUCAUUCGAGGCCCCGCCGGAGUCCUCUGCUGGUGAAGAGGUUCCUCCUCCCCAGACCGAGUUUGGCCUUGGCCACAUUCACCCCCGUGCUGCGCAUAUUACCGUUAUUCCCACCCCUUCCUCGGUUGCCCCUGACUCGGUUUCUACGGCGUCUGUUGCAUGCGGCUCACUUGGUGAUCGUGGUGGUUACACCUUCAGGUUUGAUGACAUUCCCGCUCCCGAGACACUGAACAGCAACACCAACAGUGCCAUGGUUGUGCGCCAUCAGCCUGUUCCACGCCCGUAUCACCGCUUCUUGUUCUCGGAUGACUUCCGUGUCGUGCCUCCACCUCAGUCGCGCUUUGUCCCGUCCUCUGGGUCCCAGAUGGUUCAAUACGAUGGCGUAUCCAAGAACGUUGCACAAAUCGGCCUCGCCCAGCUUCGCAACAACCCUUGCUUCCGCUUCGACUUCCUUGGUGUCAGUCUUGGUUGCAACUCGACUGUUGAGCCAUGCGUCUUCAACGUCAAGGGCAUCCAGUGGAACGGUGUUCACGAUGUGAUCCAGGCGAACAAGACUUUUGUGGUUGGCGCUUGCAAGAACAUUGACAGCUGUGUUCUCCGCCAUCAGAUCCUGGAUUCCGCUACUGCACUGCAAUUCACCAACUUGACUGCAGUCAACAUCACGUUGACGGUUGCCGGCAAGCCCGUGACCUGGUGGGCUGAUGACUUCCAGGUCGCCUGGACGGAGAAUGACUGCACCACUGCCGCAUGCCGGGCACUUGUGCCAAACACCGCCUCUACUCCUCAAAAGCCUUGGGGUGUUUCUGAAGAGGUGAAGGCCAAGGGUCUACGUUGGUCUAUUCGUCGCUGA